AUGACACAGGAAACCACGGCUUCGGCUUCACGCCGCGAUGUACCCCCCGACGAGCGACGACCCGAUGCGGGAUACGGGUCUUUUCCCACGACGGACCGCGAUAUACCUAAACCUGCGAAACAGAGCACGAGAGCGCUUGCUCCUGACUUGCUGCGAGGCUUACUCAUGCUCACCAUGGCUCUUGACCACAUGGCACUCGCCUUGAAUACCUGGCAGCACGGUACUGGACGGGAGACGGAGAUGGAUGGUGUUGUGAUCAAGGAGUGGAAUAGACCUGUCGCAUACGUCGUCCGCACCUUAACCCACCUAUGCGCUUCCGGAUUUACUAUGCUUCUCGGUGUUGGAGUCGUCUAUCUUGGUCGGUCGCGUACGAGACUGGGCUGGUCAACGCUGCGCAUCGCAAAGUACUUUGCCGUCCGGACGGCUGUGCUGACGCUCAUCGGCGUAUUGCUCGGGUUGGCAGUUUCGGGAGGAAGGGUCUGGUUUAUGAACUUUGUCUUGUUCUCGUUGGCCAUCGAUUACUUUCUCGCCGGGAUGCUGUGGCUGGUGAUCGACACUACGGAACCGUUGCUCGCGCGGGCCGUUACGCGCGUGUUUCCGGACAAGGUUUCAGAGGAAGACGAGGUCGACGAGCCUCUGCUUCGUCGUGAUAGAGCACAGGACGGCUCCGAGUUUGGCGUCCUGGUAUCGUGGCACGUUCACAACUUCCUCCUCGCCAUCUUGGGCUUGGUUACUAUCUGGUGGAACAUCUGGCUUUCUCCAACAAACGGACACUGCGAAAUCAGGGACCACGCGUCAGACGUGAUGCAGCCCCUCUCUGUGGCUGCGAGCGAAGGACCAGACGGCCCCGCCGUGUCUCACAAUCCCCUGCUUGGCAUCUGGUUCUGGAUCACGCAGACGGAGCGCGUCAUGUCUGUCUUUCCCCCCAUGGCCUGGGUGUCGUUUGCCGUGUUGGGCUUGCUGUACGGGCGCAUCGAUGUGACGAGGACGUGGAACUCUAGUGUCGCUGCGCUCUGCAAUCUAGUUGCCGGGUUGGGUUUCUUGGUCUUGUUUGUGCUCACGAGGGUGUUGCGCUUUGGAAACCUUUCUGAAGGGUGUUUGCAGACGCCUGAGCACGACAAGUAUCCUGAUCGUAACCCGUAUCUCGCGUCGGCGCAGUCUUUCUUUUACAUCAUCAAGUAUCCCCCGGAUGUGGCUUUCUGGGCGUUUACUCUUGCCGGCAACUUCUUCCUAUUGGCUUUCUUUGGUGGUAUCCCCACGAGCGUGGCCAAACGCUUCACGCUGCUACUCGACUUUGGCAGAGCUGCCCUCUUCUUCUACAUCACCCACCUAUUCUUCAUCUUUAUCCUUGGACCCUUCAUGGUCGCCUUGUUUGGUCAUGAUACAGGUAUCCCAACGCAGAUGGACCCUGGUUCCACGAGGGGCAUCGACAAUGCGUUUGCGUACUUUGGCAUCUGGGCGUUUGCCAUGCUUGUCAUGUGGCCUGCGGUGAGGUGGUACGGCAGGUUCAAGGGCAGCAAGCCGGCCGACUCCAUCUGGAGAUUCUUUUAG